AUGGCUUUCGUGCACUUCCCCGGGGACAAUAAUAAUAACGAGGCGGCGAGUGACAUUCAGGAGGCCCCCAGCAAUAUCUCCAAGCCGACGAAGCGGCAAAGAUGGGCGACCACGCGCGUGGCUGGCUCCGGCGGCGUGCGGAAACGAGUCUCCAUCAUUGAUCGCUUCCACAAGCGCUCGGAAUUACGGGAUGAGAAGCGCAAAUCGAAUGCGACGAGCUCGGCAGGUGAUAAUGCGUCAACUGUCGGCGAAGAACAAUCGGAGGCGAAUCAGAAUCGAACGAUCUACUUCAACAUCCCGAUCCCUGAAUCCGAACGAGACGAAGAAGGUCACCUCAAGAUCGCCUAUCCCCGCAACAAGAUCCGAACGGCCAAAUACACCCCCAUUACUUUCGUUCCGAAGAAUGUUUGGCUCCAAUUCCACAACAUCGCCAACAUCUACUUCCUAUUCGUGAUUAUUCUCAAUUUCUUCCCCAUUUUUGGUGCCAACAACCCCGGUCUGAACGCCGUUCCCCUGAUUGUGAUUAUUGUUGUGACCGCGAUCAAGGACGCGAUCGAAGAUUGGGGACGAACGGUGUCUGAUAAUCAGGUGAACAAUUCGCCUGUUUAUCGACUCAUUGAAUGGAACAACGUCAAUUCGACUGAAGACAACAUUGGUUUAUGGCGUCGAUUCAAGAAGGCUUGCACUCGCGGCACGAUCGCUUCAUAUAAGUGGAUGAAGGCCCAGUUCCAAAAGAACCCAGACACGGAGGAUGAGGGUGGUGCACCUCGCCGGGAUUCAUUCAUGACAACAGCGACUCCGCGUCAGUCCGGCAUGUACUCACACCGUGACUCGAUGGCGCCCGGUGAGGUCGCCAUCCCGAUGACCGAUGUCCCAUCGCCACAGCCUGAGGCCCGUGAAGAGUGGCCGAGCAAGCCUGAAAACAAAUUCCUCUCCCCCGACAGUGCUAAUCGCGACAACCUUGCGGUCAACCCCGAUAAAAAGACUGGAAGUGUGGUCGACGCAUCCAAGCAGACCCCCGGAAAGGCCCGGUUCAAGCGCGAUCAAUGGAAGAACAUCCAAGUUGGUGAUUUCGUUCGCUUGUACAACGAAGAUCCAAUUCCUGCCGAUAUUGUGAUUUUGUCCACUUCGGACCCCGAUGGAGCUUGUUAUGUUGAAACCAAGGGUCUGGAUGGCGAGACAAACCUGAAGGUCCGCCAUGCUCUUCAUUGUGGUCGCGAGGUUCGCCAUGCCCGUGAUUGCGAAAAGGCCGAGUUCACCAUCGAAAGUGAGGCGCCACAUGCCAAUCUGUACGCCUAUAACGGUGCGAUUCGCUGGGAGCAGCGUGACCCCAGCUUUCCGGAGGCUCCCCGUAAGGAGAUGGUUGAACCCGUCACCAUCAACAACAUACUGCUUCGUGGUUGCUCUUUGCGCAGUACUGAAUGGGUUCUUGGUGUCGUGGUUUUCACCGGCGGAGAGAGCAAGAUUAUGCUUAACUCCGGAGCGACCCCUGCUAAGCGUGCCCGCCUGGCCAAGGACUUGAAUUGGAACGUCAUCUACAACUUCAUCAUUCUGUUCAUCAUGUGUCUCGUCGCAGGUAUCGUGAACGGUAUCGCGUGGGGUACUCCAAACAAAUCACUGGACUUUUUUGACUAUGGCUCAUAUGGAGGCACUCCUCCAGUGACGGGUAUUGUCACUUUCUGGACUGCUGUCAUUCUGUUCCAGAACUUGGUUCCGAUCUCCCUCUACAUCUCUCUCGAAAUCGUGCGCACCAUCCAGGCGGUGUUCAUUCACAGCGAUUUGUACAUGUACUACGAGAGACUCGGACUGUACUGUGUCCCCAAAUCGUGGAACAUUUCAGAUGAUGUUGGGCAGGUCGAGUACAUCUUUUCCGACAAGACGGGAACUCUCACGCAAAACGUCAUGGAGUUCAAGAAAUGCACCAUCAACGGCGUUUCCUACGGUGAAGCCUAUACCGAAGCCCAAAUAGGUAUGCGGCGUCGCGAAGGUGCCAAUGCUGACGAAGAGGCCGCUGAAGCUCGAGCGCAAAUCGCCGCCGAUGGUGUGAAGAUGCUCGAAGGUCUCCGUCGCAUACACGACAACCCGUACUUGAAGGAUGAGAAUUUAACAUUCAUUGCGCCCAACUACGUCACCGACAUCGAGGGACAAUCUGGAGAAGAGCAGAAGCGAGCAGCGGAACAUUUUAUGCUUGCUUUGGCCGUCUGCCACACCGUCAUCACUGAACAUACACCUGGUGAUCCUCCCCAGAUCGAGUUUAAGGCGCAAUCGCCGGAUGAGGCUGCCCUCGUCAGCACGGCUCGCGACUGUGGCUUUACUGUUCUCGGCCGGGCUGGAGAUGAUCUGCUUCUGAAUAUAAUGGGCGAGGAGCGCACAUACACUGUCCUGAACACUCUUGAGUUCAACUCGUCCCGAAAGCGAAUGAGUGCAAUUAUUCGCAUGCCGGACGGGACCAUCCGCCUCUUCUGCAAAGGUGCCGACAGUAUCAUUUACUCUCGCCUCGCUCGCGGGAAGCAGCAGGACCUCCGACGCAAGACCGCCGAACACUUGGAGGACUACGCCAAAGAAGGUCUCAGAACCCUGUGUAUCGCCGAUCGGCUACUCAGUGAGGAGGAAUAUCAGGCUUGGAGCAAAGAGCAUGAUGUUGCUGCCGCCGCUAUUGAAAUGCGUGAGGAGAAGCUGGAGAAGGUUUCAAGUCAGAUCGAACAGGAGUUGAUGCUUCUGGGUGGAACCGCUAUCGAGGAUCGACUGCAAGAUGGUGUGCCAGACACCAUUCAGCUGCUUGCCGAUGCAGGUAUCAAGCUAUGGGUUCUUACUGGUGACAAGGUCGAAACCGCCAUCAACAUUGGUUUCUCUUGCAAUCUGCUCAACAACAAUAUGGAAUUGAUUGUCCUGAACAUUCCUGAAGGCCAGCAUGACAAAGCGACCACGGAGCUGGAUAAGCAUUUGCAGACAUUUGGCCUCACUGGCUCUGAUGAGGAGCUCAUUGCUGCGCGCAAUGACCACACACCGCCAGAAGCUACACACGCUGUCAUUGUUGACGGAGAAACCCUCAAGCUGAUGCUUUCGGACGAGCUGAAGCAGAAAUUCCUUUUGCUCUGCAAGCAGUGCAAGGCGGUUCUUUGCUGCCGUGUCAGUCCCUCCCAGAAGGCUGCUGUCGUUAACAUGGUUCGACAUGGAUUAAACAUCAUGGCGCUUUCUAUCGGUGAUGGUGCCAAUGACGUGGCUAUGAUCCAGGAAGCAGAUGUUGGUGUUGGUAUUGCCGGUGAAGAAGGACGACAAGCUGUGAUGUCUUCGGAUUACGCCAUUGGUCAAUUCCGAUUCCUGCAGCGUCUGCUCUUGGUUCAUGGAAGAUGGUCUUACCGCCGUCUGGGAGAGUGUACGGCCAACUUCUUCUACAAGAAUUUGGUUUGGACAUUUGCUCUCUUUUGGUACUCUAUCUACAACGACUUUGAUGGCUCCUACCUCUUCGACUACACCUAUAUCGUUCUGGUCAAUCUGGCAUUCACCUCUCUGCCAGUCAUCUUUAUGGGUAUCUUUGACCAGGACGUCGAUGACAGAGUGUCUCUUGCUGUGCCGCAACUGUACAUGCGCGGUAUUGAACGCAAGGAAUGGUCGCAGCUCAAGUUCUGGCUGUACAUGGCCGAUGGAUUGUACCAGUCCAUUAUCUGCUUCUUCAUGCCCUAUGAGCUUUAUAAAGUCGCGAACUUCGCUACUGCAAAUGGCCGCGACAUCGGUGACCGCACGCGUAUGGGUGUCCUGGUCGCAACUUGUGCCGUUAUUGCAAGCAAUGUUUACAUCAUGAUGAACACUUACCGCUGGGAUUGGUUCACCUGCUUGAUCAACGCCAUCAGUUGUCUCUUGAUUUUCUUCUGGACCGGUGUUUACUCUUGCUUCACAGCCGCCGGCCAGUUCUACGAUGCGGCUAACGAAGUGUACGGGUCCCUCAGUUUCUGGAUUGUGCUACUCAUCACGUGUAUGAUUUCAUUGCUCCCCCGCUUCGCCUAUAAUGCUGUCCAGAAGGUGUUCUUCCCGCUCGAUGUCGACAUCAUUCGCGAGCAGGUGACAAUGGGCAAGUUCAAGCACCUGGAGCAGUUUGAAGACUAUGUGCCCCCAAAUGCGGGUGCCGGGACCACCAGCUCCAGUGAUGAGUCGGCUGCGUCUUCAGAACUGGCCAAGCCGAUCCAGCCUCAGAUGAAGCAUGAUCCCGGCAUCCCCGAUGAUGAGCGGCCUUUUUAUCCCCCAGCUGCCGUCCACCAGAACGGCCACAAUCCCCGCAGCCAGAACGGUAGCAACGGCACCAACUAUACUGCCAGUCUGGAUCAAUACCCACGGCCUCAAUCUGUGGAUUAUGUUCGGCGCUCUCAGGAACGGACUCGGCAUUCGUUUGAACGGAUGAGGCAAAGCUUCGAACAGAGCAAUGAUUUCACUUCUGCUGCCAUGCUUCAGAGGAUGGAAUCUAGCCACGGACAUGAGCCCGUCCAAGAUCCGUUCCGAGCUCCCGGCGAACCUCCUGCACAUAAUCUGAUCUGA